CGGUCUUAUGACUGGAGCAGAAGCGGCGACUCCAGGCUUUCGCGGUGCUGUGGUCGGUGGUCACCUGGGCUCUCGCUUUCCCAGGGUCUGCGAGGGUGUUCUCUGGCGUUGCCGGUCCGGUCGUCGCCUGCCCUGCGGGAUCAGGAUGCGCUUCCGCCUCACUCCGGUUUCGGGCGCGGGGCUCGUCCUGUUUUGUCUGCUCCUGGGAGCUGUUCAGUCCUAUGCAUUGCAACUUAAUUUGACAGAUUCGAAAGGUACUUGCCUUUUUGCAAAAUGGGAGAUGAAUUUCACAAUAUCAUAUGAAACUACAAACAAAACUGUUAAAACUGUAACCAUUUCAGAACCUCCCAAUGUGACAUAUAAUGGAAGCAGCUGUGGGGAUGACCGGAACAGCACCAAAAUAGUGGUACAAUUUGGAUCCGCAAUCUCUUGGAAAGUGAAUUUUACUAAGGAAGCAUCUUAUUAUUUUAUUGACAGCAUCUUGCUUUCCUACAACACUAGUGAUAGCACAACAUUUCCUGGUGCUGCAGAUAAAGGAAGUGUUCCUGUUAACAACAGUCUUCAGGAAAUCAAAUUUCCAUUGAAUAACAUCUACAGGUGCAAUAGUUUAUUAAUUUUGGACACGGACUCUGUGGUUCAGCGCUAUUGGCAUAUUCACCUACAAGCUUUUGUUGAAAAUGGCACAGUGAGUAAAAAAGAAAAUGUGUGUGAGAAAGACAUACCUGUCACCACUGUAGCACCCAUUAUUCACACUACUGUGCCAUCUCCUACUACGACACCCACUCCAACUCCAACACCUACUCCAACUCCAAAGGUUGGAAACUAUAACGUUACUAAUGGCAAUACUACCUGUCUGCUGGCUACCAUGGGAUUGCAGCUCAACAUCACUGAGGAGAAGGUGCCUUUCAUUUUUAACAUCAACCCUGCUACAACUGACUUCACCGGCAAAUGUCUUCCUCAAACUGCUCAACUUAGGCUGAACAACAGCCAAAUUAAGUAUCUUGACUUUAUCUUUGCUGUGAAAAGUGAAAACCGAUUCUAUCUGAAGGAAGUGAAUGUCAGCAUGUAUUUGGCUAAUGGCUCAGCUUUCAGCGUUUCAAAUAACAACCUUAGCUUCUGGGAUGCCCCUCUGGGAAGUUCUUAUAUGUGCAACAAAGAGCAGAUUGUUUCAGUGUCUAGAACGUUUCAGAUAAAUACCUUUAACCUAAAGGUGCAACCUUUUAAUGUGACCGAAGGAAAGUAUUCUACAGCCCAGGAGUGUUCGCUGGAUGAUGACACCAUUCUAAUACCAAUUAUAGUUGGUGCUGGUCUUUCAGGCUUGAUUAUCGUUAUAGUGAUUGCUUACCUAAUUGGCAGAAGAAAGAGUUAUGCUGGAUAUCAGACUCUGUAACACUAAUCCACAUGUGAUCUCUGUUACAAAAUAAUAUAGCAAGUACAAAUUCCUGUAUGUAAUACUAUUGAAGGUACAUUUAGUUACAGUCCUGCUCUUAGAUUGGGUGAUAUGGUAGAUUUCAAACUUAAACAAAAGACUCCCAAAUACUGUCAACUACAAAUGAGUCAUGUGAUUUUGGUUUCCCUGACCAAGGAGUUUAAAACUUCUAUAGCAAAAGGCAUGUACAAAAUUACCUGGACUGCAAGUUCUGUUUCACUGGCUGGAAUUUGUGUUGCAGUGCUUGACUUACAAAUUUUGAUGAGAAGUUGUACAGUGUAGGAAAAAGCAGGUUUUCUCUGCCUGCAUGAGGUUGAUUUUGGACAACAUGAUCUCAGGAAUUUGUACUUGCUCCUUUUGCAUUGUUUGUGACUUUUAUUUGCAGGUUGACUUAGCUACUUUGGCAUUGCUCCAUAUUGACCUAUGAAGAGAGAGAUAUCAGUAGAUUUGAGCAGAGCCCAGCUGUAUCACGCUCCUGCCAGUAAAUUCUUUUCUUACCCUUUUUGAAUACAUUUGUAUUUAAUGUGGCUGAAAUGACAAAACACAAAAGCUUUUUAAAUUUUAGAAUAGAUGUUAAUC